CCACUCUCCCGCCGGUCGGAGUUCACAAGAAAACCACCGAGCUCGCAAAUCAUGGCGUUUUCCUCCAUCCUGUAUUCCCCAACCCAAUUCACCCUCCCCAGACCCCACCUCCACCGCCGCAGCAGGCCCAUUUCAAUCGCCGCCGCAAUUCCGCCGCUCACCUCCACCGCCGACAUCUCCGCGGUGGCCGAAGCGCUGGACAACACGACCAUCGCCGUCAUUGGGGGCGGGUCGGUGGCGGCGCUGGCGGCGGUGCUGUCGCUCGCCGACCCGGAGAAGCGGCGGCAAAUGCAGGCGGAGGAGGUGGGCGGGGGGGACAAGGAGGUGGUCCGGGAGUACUUCAACAACGACGGGUUCCAGCGGUGGCGGAGGAUCUACGGCGACACCGACGACGUGAACAAAGUGCAGAGGGACAUAAGGCUCGGCCACUCGAAGACGGUGGAGAACGUGAUGAAAAUGUUGCUCGACGAGGGCCCGCUGAGUGGGGUCACCGUCUGCGAUGCCGGCUGUGGGACCGGCUGCUUGUCGAUUCCGUUGGCCAAGGAGGGCGCUGUCGUGGCGGCCAGCGAUAUCUCCGCCGCUAUGGUGGCUGAGGCUGAGAAAGAGGCACGAGAAGAGCUAUUCAAAGGCACCGACUCGCCGCCCGCCGGAAUCGUACUUCCGAAAUUCGAAGUGAGCGAUUUGGAGAGCUUAAACGGAAAAUACCACACCGUCAUCUGCUUAGACGUUUUGAUUCACUACCCGCAAAGUAAAGCGGAUGCCAUGAUUGCGCACUUAGCUUCUCUCUCCGAAGAUCGAUUGAUUCUAAGUUUCGCACCAAAGACAUUUUACUACUCUCUGCUCAAAAGAGUCGGAGAAUUAUUCCCCGGGCCUUCGAAGGCCACACGGGCUUAUCUUCAUUCAGAAGCCGACGUCGAGAGAGCGUUGAAUAAAGUCGGGUGGAAGAUUAGGAAGAGGGGUUUGACCACCACGCAAUUCUACUUUUCGAGAGUCGUCGAGGCCGUUCCUGCUUAGUGCGUAAAGUGAGUUUUUUUUUUUUUUUUUUUUCGUAAUAUUAUAUUGACGUUUUUCGUUCGUGCACGAUUUCAUACCAUGUAUAGUAGAUAGAUUUCCGGUUUUUGACUCAAUUUUGGAUAGUUUAGUGUAAAUGGUUGCAUUUUUACUAAUUUCGUAUCAUGUGCACCGUUUGUCGAAGUUUAGUAUUUGCUGCAUUUCUCGGUU